GGAUCACAGAACAAUGAUGCCAAAAGACAAUUUCUUCUAGAGCGGUUACUGGAUGCAGUUAAGCAGUGCCAGAUCCGGUUUGGAGGAAGAAAAGAAAUUGCUUCAGAUUCUGAUAGCAGAGCCAGUGUUUUGGUACUACGUGAAAGAAGUUUUGAAUAAACAUGAACUACAACGUUUUUACUCUUUAAAAACAAUUACUACAGAUAUUGGCAGAGGCCGUGCCUGGUUGCGCUGUGCAUUAAAUGAGCAUUCUCUGGAAAGAUAUGUUCAUAUGCUGCUUGCAGAUAAAAAUCGACUUAGCGUCUUCUAUGAAGAUUGGUCUUUUAUGAUGGACGAAGAGCGUUCUAGUAUGAUCCCAACCAUGGCAGCUGGUCUAAACUCCAUUCUUUUUGCAAUCAACAUUGACAACAAAGAUUUAAAUGGGCAGAGCAAAUGCACUCCUACGGUUUCUGACCUUUUAAAGGAAUCCACACAAAAUGUAACCUCACUGCUGAAAGAAUCCACCCAAGGUGUUAGCAGCCUUCUGAGAGAGAUAACUGCAUCUUCUGCUGUUUCCAUUCUCAUCAGAUCUGAUCAGGACACUGACCCACUUCCAGUCCUAUCAAAGACUGCCAGUGCUGAUUUAAAAUGUAAAAAAGAGCGAAAGAAGAAGAAGAGGGUGACAAAUAUUAUCUCAUUUGAUGAGGAGGAGGAUGAGCAAAACUUUGGAGACAUCCUAAAGACAUCAGUUACAGGAGAAAGCUCAGAGGAAAACUCUGAUAGAUCUUCACUUUUUGCACUACCUUCUUCUGAAGGCUCUCUUGGACAAAAUCUGAAUGGGAAUCAGAACAGCCAUUUGUGGAAAAGCAGUUCUCCAUUCUUGAAUGGAGAGUAUGGUUACCAAAAGCUGGAUGUGAAGAGUAUUGAUGAUGAAGAUAUAGAUGAAAAUGAAGAUGAAAUUUAUGGAAAGGUAUUAGGAAAUAAAGACAUGGAAGAUUACAUAGAAAUUUCUGAAAAGCCACAGGAAGGGGGCACAUGCAAUUCACAGAUAGGCAGUUGGACUCCCCUGCAGGUCCUGAAUGAUGAUUCACAUAUUCUGUUCCCUGUCAGUGCUCUUGACUCUUAUUCCCAAACUGAUACCUUGGAGAAUGGAGAUGGACAUGAUAGUGCUGUUCUUGCAGUAGAACUGGCUCAGAGAGGAUCUGAACUCCCUUUCAGAGUGGAAGUUAAUCCUGCUGUUCAAGUGAAUGCUUUAAGCAAUAUGUUGCCUUCAGUCACUGUUCCAGAAUCAAUGACAAUUAAUUACAAUCAGGCACUCCUAGACACUGACUCAGUUUCCAAGAUUACCUUCUUUCCUGCAAGUUCUUUUAUGAAUGAAUCCUUUAAGCGCGCACUUCUGAUGCAAGAUGUAACUAAACUGUUAGGUAUUUCCUUUGAGAUGGAGGAAACACCUGAGCAAAUUUAAAUUAAGAAAAGGGGAUGAAAAAAUAUUCCACAUACUGUCUUUUCAUGCUAUAUCAGAAGCCUGUGAAGAAUAGCUCCUUGACCAGAGUAUCUCUAGGUAUACAUUAAAAAUUAUUUCAGUUACCACUCAUACUUCUCAGGAAGUGAUUAUAUUUCAUACUGAUCAGAUCCUUGACUAGCGAGCAAGAGAAUUUUGAGAUUAUUAACUUGUUCUGAAGAUGGCAAUAAAGGCAUGUUGAAUAUACCUCUCACCUUUGGGAUGUGGCAAUAUAAUAUCUGUAACUAAUGUUCUGAGAAUGACUGUAGAAAUAUUUGUUUAAAAGUGAAGGCUUUCUAGACUAAAAAGCCUGUAUAUGUAUUAUCUGAAGAUAUAUAUUUUUAAAGCAGACAUUAGUACUACUUACUUAGCAGCCCAGGGUAAAUCAUACUGAAAUAGAAUUAAUUGUUUGCUUUCCUUUCUGUAAAGUUCCUUGACCCAUUUUAGGUUUAUUGAGUAUAAUAGACAUUUUAAAGUGAUGUUCUAAACAAAAGAGGGUUCUGGUUUGGAAUAAAUUGACUUAUUCAAUAUGGGAGUUAUUCUUUUCAGGAGGUAUUGUAAAAAUAUCUGUCAAGACAGUUUAGGAAUUAUUAAUCUGUUUGUGUUAGUAUAAGGAGGAUCAUAAGCCUAGGACAGGGG